CUUAAGAAUGUAAGUAAUUUCAAAGUGAAGAAAUUGUGAGGGUAAAAAAACACUCGAAAUUCGUGCUAAAGUUUUUGAGUUCAUUGGCGCAACAAACACGGAUACAAUGAAUCCUUUAAACGCUCCGCAGCAAUCGCAAACGCAAUAUUUUAUAACUACAGGGAUGCCACCAUUGGUUCCCACGUCGGAUCAACAUCUCACAACAACGGCAUCCACAUUAACACAACAGUCACUACAACUCCCAACCGUAGCCACAAAUAAUCCUUCGAUAAAUAAUCAACAAACCAAUCAUUUCGUGGAUGCCAAUAAAUUCGUGACAACAAAUUAUGUUCCCGUUUUAAUAACAAAUCAAACUCUUUUAACAAAUAUCGAACCAAUCCAACAGCAUCAUCAGCAACAACAACAACAGAGUCAAAAUAUAUCACCCUCAAUAAUUAGUGUGACAAAUUCACCUGUUGUGGCAAGCGCAGCCACUGCAAAUAUCCCAUUGAUGCCUACUAAUCCUGGAGGAAAUGUUACGUAUGUCAUGACUUCGCCACAAACACCAAAUUUUGCUCCAGUUCUGCCAGGACAAAAUGGCACAGUAAGUGUCCUACUGACUACACCCACAACAACAACGAUGGCAACGUCUGGUCAUGUUGCAGCUCCUUUUUUAAUCCGCAGUACAUCGACACAAGUUAAACAACAGCAUCCACAACAGCAUCCACAACACCAACUACAACAAUCCAUUCAUAAUCAAACAUUUAACACCCAACAAAUGAAUGCUGAAUUAUUAAAGCAAGUUAAUACCGGGACCACUUUGUUAAAAACAUCAUUGCUGCAAAAUAAAUCGGCACCUAAGAUGCCUAGCAACAUCAAUAGUGGUGGUGGUGGCGCUAUCGCCCAAGCUCUGGUAACUCAAGCAGUGCAGAAACUGCCACAAGUUAGUUUAUUGCAAAAUUCAAAAAAUAAACAAACAGUAACUGUUGUGGAUGGGUCAUCUCCCCAUUCUUUUGUUUCUGGUGCAAGCAUAAUUGCUGGUAAGUCCUCUUCUACCACAUCAAAAUCAGAAAAAAUCAAAGAAACAUCUGACGCCGCAAAGAGUUCUUAUGAAAUUCGUGUGGGAGAUCUCAAUGCAGAAGUGUCCUUGAUAAAAAAGGCUACUUUAAAUACGGACACGCCAAGCACUAGCACUUCCAAGGUGGAGACCAAUUCACUUUUGAAGCCAUCUGUUGACUUAAAAAGAAAACGUGACAAAUCAUUUGCAGGUGUAGUCCAAAACAGUAAACCAGGCGAUGUUGUGGUUAAUGAAAAAUCGCAUUCAUUGCUGAAGGCAAAGAAUAACGUGGCUGAAUGUAACACCAAUCCGGUUAGUCCCCGCAGUCAACGUUCUAAGUCUUGGAAUUCCAUUUUAAAAUCACAAACGCAAGCUUUAGUCUCAAAUACAAAUGAGCGAAGGCAUUCAGAGCCAGCUAAAAUGGAAAAACCUUUAACUGAUACAGCGGCUGAAGGACAAAAAUCUGCAAAAGAAUUAGGGCAAAUGGAAAAUUCAAAUAAUAUAAUUCUAGAAGAAUUUGAAGAUGAAGAAUACCUUGAAAGUUCUGGCGAAAAGACAAAUGCAGCUUUAAAGCAAACAUCCGAGGAACCCACACUUUCCCAGGAAGCCAACAAUGAAGAGGAAUGUGGGAAUAAAGAGAUCAAUCAAAUGGAAGAAGAAACUGCCAAAAAAUCCACAAUAACAAAUGAUAUGCCCAAUAACAUAAAUGCCAACUCAGAUGAGAUAGAAGAAAACAAUAAAGAACAAACAAAAAAACUCGAAUCAGAUUCUGAUGACGAUGUCACCAUUUUGCCUAUGGACAACUCUUUAGUGGAACCCAUUGAGAUAGACGAUGACGAUGAGGAAUGUGUUGGGCCUCAAAAAGUUCCCAAUGAUGAAACUAGCCCAUCUACAAAAGAUAAACAAAAAUGCAACGAUUCAUUACUUUGUGAAGAGCAGAUACUAGUGAGCUCUUCUUCUUCCAUAUCAAAUCAAUCAUUAGAUCAAAUAUCUUUAACUUCAUCUGUGCCCAGAAAAUCACCCAAAAUUGAACCUGACAAGGCAGCAACGUCAACAGCCCCGAUUCUAAAAAGGUCAUUAACUGAUCGCAAACAGACUUUUAUGAAGGAAGAACCGCCAUCAAACAAUGGCUAUUCAUCAGUUUUGGAUAUGUUGUCAAAUUUCGAUAUGCUCAAUUGGAAAGAACGCCUGGGAACCGGAAGGGGGACCAACAUGAAGUUCCAAUUAAAUGAAUUUAAUCUUGUGCAAUUGCAUGAAAAAAUUCCUGGGCGUACCAAGUCCUAUACUGCCUAUGAAAAGCCCAUCUAUGAGCGUGACGACUUACAAAUUAGAUCACAAACUGUUGAACCACAAAUUUAUUAUAUGUGUCGGCGUUGCAAAGUUCGUGCCCUUGCCUUGGAUUUUUUAGCACCCGAAUUCUGUUCAAUGUAUUGUUUGAAACGUGAUUGCCGGAAACGCCAGCGCGAAGAUCAAGCCAGCAUUAUACGCAAAAAACAUCGAUAUCUUGUUAGCAACAAUAAUCCUCCUCCUUUGGCUUACAUAACACAACCGAAAUUCCGUUGGUCAAAUUAUCUUAAAGCAAAUUACACUUCCAUGGCGGCCCCCAUUUCACUAUUCCUAAAUCCUUUUCCCACCGGCCCCAAUUACUUCAAAAUCGGUAUGAAACUAGAGGCCAUUGAUCCCGAAAAUUGUGCUUUGUUUUGUGUCUGUACUGUGGUUGACAUCAACGGAUAUCGCCUGAAGCUGAGCUUCGAUGGUUACGAUAGUUCGUAUGACUUUUGGAUAAAUGCAGAUUCUAUGGACAUUUUUCCACCAGGCUGGUGUGCAAAAACAAAUCGGAUAUUACAACCACCAAAGGGUAUAAACGCAUCAAAAUUUAAUUGGGCCUGGUACUUCAAUAAAGAAAAAGGGUUAUCUGCUCCAAGGCAAUUAUUUACUCAUCUUAAUUCAUCAUCAUUGUCACCAAGAAAUCCAUUUCAGAUCGGUAUGCACCUGGAAGCAGAAGAUCUCAAUGACACCGGUAAACUUUGCGUAGCAUCUGUGGCUGAUGUCUUGGAUGAUCGCAUACGCAUCCAUUUUGAUGGCUGGGAUGAUUGUUAUGACAUAAUUGUUGAUAUAAAUUCUCCGUACAUUCAUCCUUGCGGUUGGCAUGAGGGUCGCCAUCAAUUGGUUGUGCCACCGGAUUGUGAAAAUUCGGCUUUUAGUUGGAAAAACUAUAUAAAAAGUCAAGGAAAAGGUAUCAUAGCUAGCGAAGAAUUGUUUGUGCCAAGGGAACCCAUACAUUUUAAACCAAAUAUGAAAUUGGAGGUAGUGGAUCCGCGUAAUUCUUCUUUGAUAAGACCAGCUACAGUGGUAUCGCAUAAGGGGCAUCGCGUCAAACUACAUCUAGAUGGAUGGCCUAAUGAUUACUGCUUUUGGUUGGAGGAUGAUAGCCCAGAUUUGCAUCCCAUAGGUUGGUGUGAUGCCACUGGUCAUGACUUGGAACCUCCACCUGGUUUCCAAAUGGGUAAACAGAAAAUGCCUUGUCCCACCCCAGGUUGCCGGGGCAUUGGAAAUGCCAAGAAAUCCUUUAUGGCUGUUCAUGCCAAUCGUGAUUGUUGUCCGUAUGUUCCAGAAAAUUGGCGUCUUGUGGUUGAGAAACCGCCCAGAGUAGGCUACGAUGACAUUGUACGAACACUACCCAGGCUAUAUAAGAUAAAUAAUGUGCCCCACAACAGCCAACGUUUAAGUGAUCACCAAGUUUCGGAGCGCCUGCAAAUACUGGAUAAUAUCAAAACUCGUAAUGUACUCAUGCAUCAGGAUAAAACUGACACUUUUAAGGAGUCAAUAAGUAUGUCUAUGGGAACAGUAAAAAGGGAGGAAUCAAAAGAAACGAAGCAUAAUAAGUUAGAAAUCAAGAGAAUCGAUGAGGAGCCCUCUUUAGACGUUAACAUAGAUAUUGUCAAAGAAUUUUUAUGUGACUAUGGACCACGACUGCAACAAGCUUACACUUUGUGGCAAAAGAAUUUCACAUUGGAUACCGCGAAAAUCAAACGCAAUCCCCUUUUAUGGUCUGUCUCUGAAGUUGGUGUCUUCGUGGACCUCUAUUUAAAUUGCCCUCCAACGGCGGCAUUAUUCGCACAGGAAGACAUUGACGGCGAAGCAUUUUUGCUUUUACAACAAUGUGAUCUCACUGAGCGAUUAAACGUAAAAUUGGGACACGCGGUUAAAUUGUAUUCAUGCAUACUGCAGUUGCGAACUUUGGCUGUCACAAAAUUUAAUGUAGCCUAUCGGAAAGUUCCUCCGAAAUAAAGCAUAGCAUGGUAGACCGAUUGAUAGGCAAGUCGUGUUAUGUGUUCUUUAGUUAGGGUCCAGUCUUUCUUAUGUGGCCAUAUUCUUCCUUGUUAAUACAUUUAAUAACUCUCCUAUCACUAACUCUUUACUCGAUUGUUUGGUUCAAUCGUUAUUAUCGCAUAGUUCUUCCCAUAAUUGAUUUACUCAUAACAAAAACUAGUUUUUACAGAAACUCUUACUGUAGUUUGUUAAACAAUUAUCAUAUUUUUAUAGUUUUUAAGUACCAGCCCCCUCUUACAGUUAUAACCUGUAAUAUUUUUAAUGUUUUCGAAAACAUUGCAAAUAUUCUGCAAAAUAUUCUGAAUAAGAAUAAUAUCCACUGUAAAUACUUAUACCUAUGUUAGUAAGGUACAUACAUGUACAUACGUAUAAAUAAAUAUAAAUAAAAAAUCGUUUCCAUAAGUCAUUAGAA